UGUUGUGCAAGAUAGAUAGUAAGACGAUACGAUUUUGCGAUGUAUAUUUAUUAAUAGUUUUGAUGUUUAUGUCUCAGAUGUAAGCUAAUUGUUGGAAUCGUCUGUCGACUACAGUAUUUCAGUCGUCACGACCGAACAAUCUCCAAGUCCAACGAUUAUAACUGUAUUUGCUAAGUAUCGGGCGAACUGUAAAGAUGGUGGGUGGUGUUGAUGUAGACCUGUCCAGCGUACUUCAAACUCUGGCGUCGAAGAGAAGCAGUCUGGAUGACAAGAUUGAAGCCUAUACCAAUCUCUGCAGUCAUUUCAAGGAAGAUGAACUGAGUUUUGUCCAUCUGGAUGUCACAAAGCAUGCUGACCGGGUUUUGACACAGCUGAAAAAAGACAUACUUCAUGAUUCCCAGGUCAUUUCCCAAAACGCUUUGCAGAUACUUGGCUACUGUCUACACGACCAAGAAACUGUCAGAUUUAUAUCGGCUGCAGACACCGGACAUCUGUUGAAGACUCUCUGUGGCGUGAUUGACAAGACAGAUGACAAAACGACAUGCACUAGAGCGCUGUGGUGCAUCAGUAAACAGGCUCUUUCAGCAGACGUUGUGGCGAAACAGGUCCCAGCUCUGCUAUCAUCAUGUGAACAGGCUUUGUCCAAGUGGAAGGGCCAGUCUCCGACAGUAGAACAUGAAAUCGCUUGUGUUGUAGGCAGGCUGCUAGACCAGGUUCCUAAACAAAUGGGGGACAGCAGCCUUGUCUGGGUCAAACUGUUGCUGCCACUGUCCGUCCAUCCGGCGGUCAAGAUCCGAGAGAAAGUCAUCGGUCUGUUUGAGGACAACUUGAGUGUACUGACCACCUCAAAGGGCCUGGCUCACUCCAUAGCUGGGGAAUUUAAAUCUAAAAUAAGUCCGGAAAUGAAAAACCUAUUCACUUCUAAAAGUGAGCUGCUGAUGUUACGACUGUGGAAAGUUGUGGUCGUGUGGUUUGGUGAAGAACUGCAUCGUGGGACGUCGUUAAUCAAUCCACUCCUGUCGAUAGCAGAGCUCGGUUUCAAGCAUGCAGCAACAGAGGUGAAGGUCGCAUCGUUUGAAGCGUGGCGGACACUCAUCGAUAACUUCGCCACUAAUCCGAGUGUUUUGGGAGAUGUCAAGAGGAUAAAGCUGGUCAUGCAGGUGUUGAAACUGAAUAACAACAAGAAGGAACAGGUUGCUAAGACGCAGUUCGACACUUGGUGGCAUUUUAUCAAACUUCUUGGUCCCAAGUCGUCGGCCUAUUUUGAACAGGUCAUCGCCCCACUGUUCAGUUUCUGUCUGGGAGGAACAAAGCUGGCAGCUCACACCUUGCCGUCUGGUCCUGGCACCCCUCUAACAGGACUGAAGAGUGGCAUAUCAAGUCCACUAACUCCGCGUCUAAAUCUAAGCAGUUCAGGUUCUACAUCUUCGACGUUUUCUGCUCUCCAGAAGAAAGGUUGUGAAGCUCUGGCUCGUAUUCUCACCUGUCAGAAAGUUGUUAGUGAACUCCCAGCUGCAGUGUUCUCUAUUGAUGAAUUGACAGUUGAUGUGAUAACUGGUCCGGCCAUGUUUCUCAAACACGCCACACUUCUGAUCCACUCAGCCACGGAACUGAUUUGCAGCACCGGCACGGAUAUCCCGCAGACUCUACUCAUGUACAUCUGGCAGAGUCUGGCGUUCCACCUGCGAACCGCGCUCACCGUCACAGCCAAGUCAGAAAACCGCGACGCGUUCUCGACGUUCCUCGAACAGUUCCAGACAAUUGUUCUCAGUCAGACGCUCUCUCAUCAGACGGUUCUGAGUAUGUUUAAGGUUGUGUGCAGUCUUCCUCAAACGGCUCUCGCAUCCACCGCCUACAGCAUCAAGACUGGAGAACACGGAGAGAUUGUCAGAGGCACACCGGCGCUGUACCUGUGUGAAGUGUUGUUGACCCCCACUCUGCUGAAAGCUUGUGCUGGAUUAGAAAGCUACAUGAGCCGGUACUCCCAGCUGGUUAACUGUGGAGUGAGUAACGCGUCGGGCGUCCUUGAGUUCUGUCAGGCGGUCACCGAGCUCAUAGACAGGAAUGCCGAGUUCAUUCCCAACGUUGAAGCCAUGUGGAGGCUGUGGAGUGUUGUGGCGAACACUUUACAUGAACACAUCCUCAAGACGAAUGAAGUGAACCAGGGUGACUCGCUUGAGUAUAACUUCAGCUGCCUGUACACAGUGCUACUGUUACCAGUCAAACACAGGAUGGGGAGCAAGAUGGCCAGUGCUGUCUCCAAAACGAUGCUGAAGACAUGGUCGGACCUGUAUCACAGCUUUGCCAGGAUGGCCGCACUCGUACCCAACGCCAGAGCCAACACCGUGUGUGAAGAGUUUGUUCACAAGAUUCACAACUGUCUUCUAGACGAGGACCUAAAGGAUGCCAGCCUGCUGGAUUUCCUGGCCCAGAUCUGUGAAGUAAUCAUUAACAGUGUCGACUUCUCUUCGUUUGGAUCGCCAUUCAACUUUAACUCGGGAGUCCUGGCCAGCCCGUCCAAGUGGCUGAGGAAGAGGAAGCCGAUGGAGAAUUUACAUUCGUUUGUCAUCCUGCUGUCGAAAAUGGUGGAUGCGUUGGUGCAGCUGUCCUCUUCAACAGACGGCGUCAACACACCAAGACAGAAGGGCGGUUCUACCCUGACUGCGGCAGCCAGUGAGAUCACAGAUGUGUUGAUGACACUGUUUACUCACGUGAACACAUCCAGUAUUAUCUCCAACAUGCUCAGUCAGCUGUCUUCACCCCUAGGACAACUCUUCCACGCUUCAACGACUCGGACAAACCACAAGUUGUACAGUCCCGCAUUCAUGCAGAAGCUUGAGAAGCUCUGGUUGGACAUCUGUACGUGUAUUCAGAGUCGAUACUCCAUGCCAUACGACAGCGACUUUCUCUCGCAUAUUUCCCCAUUACUGGAGGCCAACUUUCUUCACCCUCGACGACAGAUUAAAAAUCAGACCGUUCUUCUCUGGAACGCAACAUUCAGCCAUUCUGCACUGCUUACCUACCCUGACGAACUGAAAACUGUUCUGACAAAAGUGAAGGAGAAAACUUCGAUCACUCUUCCAGGAUUUGUUUCAUCCGAUGUCGUGAUUGAAGAGACGCCUCUCAGUCAGUUCGGACAGGGUGAUUCCCAGGCCCCUGAGCCUCACAUCCCUGGUCUGCCCUCACCCAGCAAAAUAGUGGGAAGUUUCCUACACAAAGCCGUGUCACCCAGUAUCAAGAAGUCACCAGCGAAGCCUGUGAUCGUGUCUCCUAAAGCCAUCAGUAGUGUGAAGAAGAAACUGAAAAUUGAUGAUUUCAGAGAGGGCGACUUUGUGGUUAUAUCAACGACACCAAAGCGAAAACGAGUCCUGACCGAUCACCAGAAAGAAGUCCUCAAGGAAAAGAAAAUCUUGCCGACAAUGUACUCGAGCCUUGAUGCAUCAAUGGAUGUGUCACUGAUGUCACAGUUCGCUGGUUCUGACACACAGCAAGAUUCUCAGUCACAAACUCUUCUGACAAACUCGGUGAUUUCCAUCAACUCCACCCAGUCUCAGUCGGAGGGAGAUGACAAGAAAGGAAAAGAAGAACAGAAGCAAAUCUCAUUGAGCUUUCCAGACAGCUUUGAUCUACCAGGAAAUAAAACCAAGGAAACAGAUUCUCUUGUUUGCGUCGAGGCUCCAGUACAUAACACUAGGCGCAGGUCACGGAAGUCCGUGACAUUUGGAACAGAACAUGACACUAACGACACGACAAAAUCGGAUGCAGUGGAGGCUUCAAAGGAUGGUACAGCUAAACAGAGUAAAACACCAACAGAGAAAAACGAUGGCAAAGACAAGAAUACAAAAACUAAAGUGUCCAGAAGGAAGUCAGUUGUCACGGUACAAGAAAGUGAGGAGUCUGAUAGCGGCCAAGAAUCAUCUUCUGUGGACAGUAAGAAAUCUAAAGACAAGUUGUCUGAUGGAGUCAACAAAGAAAGCAACAAGACUAGGAGUAAGACCACAGGUGAAUUGAACCAAGAAUCAUCUGAAGAGAGUAAUAAAUCUAGAGGGAGCUCAUCCGAUGGAGUCGACAAAGAGUCGCCGUCUUUAGAAAGUAAUAAGUCAAAAAAGAAGUCAUCUGAUUCAUCUGAUGAAGUUUCAGCGAGUGAUUCCCUGAAGCCGAAUCUGCUUCAAGCGAUGGGCUGUAGUAUAUUUGAUGUGAUGAGUGGGAAGAGUACGUCUUCGUCCUCACCUGAUGAGAUCCACACUGAAGCUGCGCCCUCUGGUGGUGAGCAGUCUAGUAAUGUUGUUGAUGAUGGCUGCAGUUCUCAAAGUGGGAAGAAAAAUUCCGGUAAAGGUAAAAACCAGGAGUCAAAGAAGAGUUUACGGUCAUCAGUUCCUCAUUCUGAGGCUGAGAAACUAACUCCAGAAAGAAAAACCAAUACGAAGAAAAUUAGCCACAAACAGUUGUCACCCGUAAGAAUUUCAUUCAGUCAAGAGGAGUUUGGAUCGUCGAUUUCUCCCAGCAAGAGAAUGGAAUCACCAGGAAGAAAAUCACUGAGCCAGGAAGCUUUAAGCUCUAUAAAGUCUCCAGGCAGAAAAACCAGAAGCAAACUGAGAAGUCUUCCUGCUGGAAACUCCUGUCUGGACACCUGGUUGGUGAAAUCACCAGCAAAAGCUUCCACAGCAUCGAAAGACAGUUCCAAAUCCCAAGCAUCUGAAAGCAGCAGCAACAGAUCAUCUUGGCUGUCAAGUUCUUUCCGCUCGAUGGAUGACAGCAGUCAUGGUCAGCCACAAUCAGAGAUGUCUCACACUCUGGUCGAAGAUACGCAGUCGCCAACAAAGUUUACGGAUGCCUCGGAAAAAGUGGAGGAAAUUCCUCAUGUUUUGGUCGAGGAAACACCUGUUAAAGAGACAAACUGUGGCAGUCCUGACCCUCUUGGUUUGAACUCGACUAGCAGAAACCUGUUCGGUAGUGAAAAUGUUUUCAGUACAUCACCGUCUACAGAGCUCGGUAGCCCUCGGGCAACUGGAAAAGAGGAGCAUAAGAGUAUAGCACUCAAGUCUCCAGUUCUGUGCAUCACAAAGUUGAGUCCAGAAAAGGUAGAGCAGCUCUGCCAUAGUGGCAGUUCUGUGACAGCCUCAGCAGACGUGAACAGUGAGGAGUCUGUUGAUAAAGAAGAAAAUACGGACAUCCAGUGUUCCCAAGGAUUUUUUGCCUCUGUCAACAGACCCGAAGCUCACAGUAUUGUCUCAGACAUUAUAAAUGACACAAUAACUUUCGCUCAGCAGGUCAUAAGAACCGAUUCACAGACGUCAACAAAUUCUGUCCGAGGAUUUUCGGGAAUUUUAAGCAUGGAGCAGAGAGAAGAGUUAAAAGAGACUAGUGAAUCCUCCAGCUUGGACGGACCGCAAAGUUCGGUGAUUGAAAAAGUUCAGAAAUCAGACCAGUUGUCAGCUGGUACUAUGGAGGAUAAUUGUCAUACAGAAGAGAUGUUUUCACAGGAUACAGAAAGAAAAGGUAGCCGAGAUUCAGGUAAUCGACUUUCUGAAGAUAGCUAUGAUCCACAGUUGGUGUCGACAUUAAAGAGCUCUUCAGGCAGUUCUUCACAAGGAGAUUCAGAAAGAUCUCUUUCCAGUUCAGAAUCAUCUAGUCAGAAAUCAUCGCAGGAGGUUCAGUUGGGGUCCACCACAUAUGAUCCUACAGCGAUGGGAACAUUUGUUGAUGAUAAAACAAACAAUGAAGAGGCUAAAGACAAGCAGCUAGACUCGGAUAAUGUGGAAAUGAAGGAGAGAGUAACUGACAGGAAACGGAAGCAGAACUUUCCAAAGAAAGUUUCACCGAGCAAACUUCGAAGAACUCCCAGAAGCAGACGAAAGUCUAAAUGUCGUCACGGUGGAUCGUGUUGUGAUGAAGACGGUAACAACACAGAGAAAAAAGAAUCGGGCACUGAUAGUCAAGAAUGUAUUCUGAACAUGAAUAGUCCCAAAACUGAUAACAAGAAAAGUAGCUCGAGAAAAUCAGCAAGAAGUAGUCUUAAAUUUGAUGUGCUUGAUGAAAAGAAAACUACUGAUGAUCACACGUCAGAAAAACCCUCUCCAGUAUGUAAUGAAAAUGUAGAAUCAGAUAUUGCGAGUUCUUUAGAAAGUAGUAUGGACCCUAAUUUGGACCUCUUUGUGGUUGAUGCACUGUAUUGUACCGCUGAGACGGAGACCCCAGAUAAAGGAAAGAAAAGUUUGAUGGCAAUCUUGGGAGAAGAAACCCCAGAAAGUAGGCCUCCGUCGGUGACGCCAGUUAGACGAUCGACCACCAAACACAAGAUGGAAGAAGCAAAGAGAAGGUCGUCAAGGGAGGGUACUGGGAAAGGUAUGGUUCUAUCGGAGGGUUUGGAUUUUGAAACUAUGUUAUCCCAGUCUGAACUGCCCAAAAAGAAACCCAGGAAGUCUUUAUGUAUGAAAAAGAAUUUGGAUGUUGCUUGUGAUGAAAGUCCAAUUUCAUUCUGCGAUAAAGAAAUCUGUGAUGAUCAGAAAAUCAGUAACAAUUCUAGUUUGCCUUUGACAGCUCGAAAGGAAUCUACAGUUGAAGGAGAGUCCACAUUGGAUAAAGGAACAAAGACAACAUCUGACAUGGAUCAUAUCACUGUAGUUUCAUCAGAUCCUAAGUUAAAACAGCAGUUUGAGAGUCUAAUGUCAUCCGAGUCAUCAGAGCUCAGUGUCAUUCCUCCUACAGCAGAAGACAGCAUGAAGAGUCAGUUGGAGUUAUUGAAUUCACCUAAAGCAGUAACUUCUCUGAAGACGAAGAAAAAGACAAAGUUGCUGUCUUCUCCGCUGAGUCUGCGAUUGCGAUCGUCACGGUUGGUAUUGAGAGCUCGACAGAAAGUUAGAGUGUCCAGUCGGUCGCCCAGAUUGGACACGCUCAAGAGAAAAACAAUUACAAAAAUAAGAGCUAAGACAACAGGCGUCAAGGACAAAGAUGUGUCUGCUAGAAAGAGUCAGGACAAUGCAGAGGUGAUUAGCCAGAUAGAACAGGACACUGAUCUGUCUGUGGAAUGUGAGUGUGAACCUGUUUCUGACAGUGCACCGGAGUGUGGAGUAGCUUCAGUAGAAGUGAAAGAUUCUGAAGCGAUGGAUGCAGAGGGAACGAAAUUCACGUCUGACAUGGCAGUUACUUCAGCAGAAGAUGAAAAGAUACUCAUUCCUGAGGCUGCCGUUAAUUCAGAACAGUCAGAGGUGGCCUGUGUAACUGAUCUUGUGGUUAGUGAUGCGGUCACAUCAGAACCGAAGACUGCUUGUAUACUUGAUCCCCAUACUUCUGAAACUUCAGCAGUCUCAAAGGAUACACACACAGUUGACCUCACUCUUGAUGAUGAUGAUUCAAUCAAACCAACAGAAUCUGAUGGACGUGUAACUGAUCUUGCUUCAGACAGACCAAAGAAUGGGUCUGUAACUGAACUUGUAACUUCAGUUGUAACCAAUGUUGUAACUUCAGCAGAGCCCGGUGAUGGACAUAAACAAGACCUUGAACUUGACAGCAUUAUAGCUCCAGUGGAAAGUAAUAUUUUUGUGUCAGUUGUUAUACCUGAAAAUACAGCUUCUGCAUCUGCUUCUAUGGCUGAAAAUACAGCUUCUGCAUCUGUUGUUAUGGCUGAAAAUACAAAGUCUGUUGUGGAUUCUUUGGCAACAGGAGACGUUGAUACAGUGUUAACUAGCAGUGACUGUGAUAAAACCACUUCUACCCUGACAGGAGAAAGCGAAUCCCUCCUGCCUCCUUUAGACGAGACCCCCAAGAAGUAUAAAAUAAGGAAGAAGGUUAUAUUCCCUCACAGAGUUGUCUCCUCGGAUUCCAAGCUGCACAUGUUUGCCAAGUCGCGGUCCAAGUACUCUGACCGAGGAAUGAGCAUCGUCCGCCGCAGCAUCCUCAAAAACCAGGUGUCGGACCACACAAAUCUCUCGCCCCUCAAACGGUCACAUGACUUGUCUUUCCGUCCAAUCAGAGUGCACAAGAUCAACUCUCCGUCUGCCUCUCCUAGUGCCGGAAUCCUGAAGCGUCGAUUCCUCCACCAUUCGUUACCGGUUGACGCGCCAUCUCCACCUGAAAAAGAGAGAAGAGUUUCGUUUGCUGAACCUGUUGUGUCUGGGGAGAGUCCGAAGAGUUUUAAAUACUGGAAGGUUUCCCGAGAACCAGUGCGAUCCACGUCUGCCAGCAGUACUGUGACUGGAUCAUCCAGUGAGGUUGACCCAAACAGUCCGUUUCAUAGAAAUCCUGAACCUAGCCAAUCAGGGUCUAGUGCAGGCAGUGAGCUCACCCAAUCAGGAGGCAGCUACAAGAGUACCCAGGAAUCCCAGCUGGACUCCAAGGAUCCUGUGUACCCCGAUCUGAUUGGUUGCACCGAGUCGGUGGCGAAAGUCUUACCUCAGCUCACAUCCUCUAUGUGGUCUCGAGGCCUCGUGCAGCUGGUGAAGGCGAGGAACAUCAACACUGUGGGAGAUCUGUGUUCGCUGUCGGAACUCGAGAUCCACAACCUUCCCAUCCGCUCGCCCAAGGUGAUCACUGUCCGCCGGGCCCUACAGGAAAUGGAACAGCAAAUAACUGGGAAGAAGACUCGGGCCGGAGCUGAGGAAGGCUCAGAGAAAAUGGCGAGCAAGUCACUUGUAGCAGGUGAACGUGUGGCGUUAGAAAACAAAGAAAACCUGAACAAACUGGACUCCAUCAUUGAAGCCGUGGACGAACCUGACCUGUUACCCAGUGCUGAUGACGCACUUCUAGAACUCGACCAGAAAGAUUGUGAAGACCUGAACAGUAGUAUUGAGGACGGGGACGAUGCCACAGUGUUCGUAGACAACUCAUGUCUUCCAGUCUGUGAAAACGAGACUUGUGAAAUGUCAUGUGAUCAGAUAAACCAAUCAGUACCAGAAAUUAAAAAUAAUAAAACAACUGUCCAACCAACAGUGAGUUCUCCCAGCAAAAUGGACUCUACCCCAAUCAAAAUACUCCCCUCGACUAGUACAAUGGAUAUUACACCAAGCAAAAUGGACUCAACCCCCAGCAAAACAGACUCGGCUAGUAAAAUAAGCACUUCCUUGAUGAAAAUGGACUCAACUACCAGUAAAAUGGACUCUUCCACUAGCACAAGUGACGGUUGCCAGACUGGUAGCAUGGUUUCUGUGUUGGAAGACUUGGUACAGAGGUACACAACUAAAGACAUUGAGAGAUUCCGAACAAACGAUCUCUUCACUGUGCACCACCAUCUAGCCAGUCUAUCCAACAUGGUGGUGACGGCCAUGAAGAAACGGUGCUCGUCCCCUCCAAGCUCGCAGGAAUAAGAUGUGUACACUUUAAAUUAAAGGUGAAAACAAACCUGACCUGGGUCUGGGUCUGGGUCUGGGUCUGGUGAGUGGAAAAAGAAACACACUGAAUCGAAUGUGACAAAACACACUGUGCUGAAGUGAAUUACAGGUCUGUAAAUGGAUGACAUUGACCAGGGGCCUAAUUCACAAAGGUCUCUUAGGCUCUGCUAGACAACUAAGCAUCCUCUUUGCAAGUCUUUCAGCAUUGCACUGCGAGAUCACAAAGUUGCGAGAGUUUAGUGAAUUAGGCCCCAGGCCUGGUGCUUAUAAAACUUUAGAGUCUAGACUCGAGACUCGAAUAGAUUUUGAGACACUAAUGUCAUGACAACGCCAUACAAAUUGCAUGCGUUUGACGUUAUUUGAGAUUGUGUCUGAACUUUAAAAUUGUUAUAAGUACGGACCCAGGUGCUAUAUAUUCACACUGCCAGACUGGCAACUGCUCAGUGUUCAAGCCUUACUUUUGCAAUAUUCUUAAUAAGCAACGGGAAAGGUAUAUAUUUUAAUCUGUAGAAUUCUCAAAUUAUUAUUGCUAUAUACCGAAAAAAAAACAUAUCUAAAGAUACUAAUGCAGAUUAUAUAUAUAUAUAUAGAUGUAGCUUCAGUCCCAUCAAUGGCCCUGAUGGUAAUUGUAGUUGCGAUGUGAAUUGCCAGAGGUAUGGGGAUUUACCGAUGGCGGUUUGUUGCUGCAGGAUAAAAGCUUAUUGCCGUGGGUUGAAGGGGUAAUUUAUGGUUGUAACAUUUGUUGCAAACGUUACUGGUUUAAAAUUGGUGUAGGCAGGCUUAAAAUAACCGUAGAUGAUCAUUUUGUUUAUGGCAAAAUCAUUUCAAAAUUGCUGUUGGUAAACAAUUUCUUAAGUUCAAUCCAUGUGUAUGUAAAAGAUGAACUUGACAGUGGUAGCAAACCUACAUUUAAACAGGUCUGUUCUCAUACAUAUUCACGUCUGUUAUACAUAUUCGUGGCACAUUUUGUUCAGUAUUACUGCAUAAUUCACUAUGCACAUUUUAGUGUUUCAGAUAUAUCUACACAAUUCUAAAAUGUUAAGUGGUAGUUCCUAAUUAAUUUUCCUGAUCCUUAAACUCGAAACUCCACAAAGCCAUCCUAAAAAAACAAUCCUGUUUGCUGUAAUCAAAACCAUUAUUUUUGAAAUGAUUCAAAAGAUGGUAUAUCUUUAAUUCUUACUAUUACAUUUUGGUAAUAAAUUUUGGGUGAGGUUAACACAUUUAUUUAAAUUGUAUUUAAAGGCAUAUUGUCAAAAAUCACUGACCUAUUUAAUGGUCUAUUAGACUCUUUAACAAAGUAUUACCUGAAAAAAAAUAAUUUGAUUUGUCCCUAAAUG